AUGCGAGGUAGCUCCGUCAAGCGCUCCCUCGGAGCGGAACUCUACCACAAGAUCAAGGAGUCGAAUGUCCUUCUCGUCGGCGCCGGCGGGAUUGGCUGCGAACUGCUCAAGAACCUGCUGCUGACCGGCUUCGGCGAAAUCCACAUCAUCGACCUGGACACCAUCGACCUGAGUAAUCUGAAUCGCCAGUUCCUCUUCCGGCACGAGCACAUCAAGAAACCCAAGGCUUUGGUUGCAAAGGAAGUUGCGCACAAGUUCCAGCCCGGCGCGAAGCUCGAGGCAUACCAUGCGAACAUCAAGGAUGCCCAAUUCAACGUGGACUGGUUCAAGAAAUUCGACGUGGUUUUUAAUGCGCUGGACAAUCUCGAUGCGCGACGCCAUGUAAAUCACAUGUGUCUUGCGGCCAACGUGCCGCUGGUUGAGAGCGGGACUACGGGCUUCAACGGACAGGUUCAAGUUAUCCGCAAGGGUGAUACCGAAUGCUACGAAUGUAACCCAAAGGAAACUCCCAAAUCAUUCGCUGUCUGCACAAUCCGGUCUACACCCAGCCAACCGAUCCACUGUAUCGUCUGGGCGAAGAGCUACCUAUUCUCGGAACUGUUCGGGACGAGUGAAAACGAGGCACCGGAGGUGGACGGUACAGAAAAUGCGGAAAACGGUUGGUUUGGCACAUUUCCUGUUCAAGCGAAGUCUGACCCGCGAACAGCACAAGAGAUUGAGGACCUGCGCAAGGAAGCUCGGGAACUCAAUGAUAUUCGGCAAUCCAUGGGCUCAGACGAAUUCCCUCGUAAGGUAUUCGAGAAAGUCUUCCAAAAGGAUAUCGAGCGGCUACGUGGAAUGGAGGAUAUGUGGAAAUCACGCCAGAAGCCGGAUGUACUCGAGUUCGAUAACCUAGAGUCGGACUGUUCAUCAAUCGAGCCAACCAUUUCUUCGACCGACCAGAGAGUUUGGGCGCUGGGCGAGAACUUUGUGGUAUUCAAAGACAGCCUGAAUCGUUUAAGCCGUCGCUUCAAAGAGCUCCAAGAGACUUCAAAUGGCAGUGGCUCUCCCACCCUGGAUUUUGACAAGGAUGACGAGGACACACUAGAUUUCGUUGCCGCCACUGCUAACUUACGGGCGAUUGCGUUCCACAUUGAGCAAAAGUCCAAGUUCGAUACCAAACAAAUGGCCGGCAACAUUAUUCCCGCUAUUGCGACGACCAACGCCAUGACCGCUGGUCUUUGUGUCCUGCAGGCAUUCAAGGUGCUCCAGAACGACCUGGCGAACGCUAAGAUGGUCUUCCUUGAGAGGUCUGGCGCUCGCGCGAUCAACUCCAACCCGGUGAAUAAACCAAACCCCGCCUGUACCAUCUGUUCUGUUGCGCGUGGACGAGUAAUGGUCGAUCCAGCGCGUGCAACCCUUCAGGAUCUUGUGGAGGGAGUUCUUCGGCUUGAGUUGGGCUAUGGUGAGGAGUUGUCAGUGUUGAGGGACUCCGAGGUGAUCUAUGACCCCGAUUUGGAAGACAACCUUGCCAAGAAACUGUCCGACUUCGAUCUCGGGAAAGACAGCUUUGUCACGGUCAUUGAUGAUGAAGAUGAACCUCGUGUCAACGUUGAGCUGGUUUUCGUUGAAAGGACCGAGCCAGCGAGCAAGGCGGCCACGCUAGAGCAGAAAUUCGAGAUCCCCCGGAAGCCUAAGCAAGCUCAGCUGCCAAUUCUCGGCGACUCUGCAGCCACCAACGGCACCUCUGUCAUCGGCAAACGCAAGCGCGAGGCUGAAGAUGGUGACUUAACGAAUGGCCAUGCUACCAAGCGUGUGGCAGGCGAACCGAUGUCCAAUGGUGACGACUCAGCGCCCAUCGUCCUAGAGGAUGAUGGUCCCCUCUUGAUUGACGAUGACUGA